UUCAAUCAGGUCAGGAUGUUAAAAUUAAGUCUCCUGCUUCUCAAGUUUCUCCUGCUGCCCUACUCGACCUACUCACUGCUUCUGGGUUGGGUGGAGUCUCCAGGUUAUCCCAGUGGAUACUUGCCCCAUGCCAGUCUCAACUGGAGCAGGUGUGCCCCCAAAGGUCACACCCUCUCCAUCAGGCUCAUCCACCUGGACCUGGAGGACAGUCAAGACUGUGAAAACGAUGCCGUGAAGAUCUUUUCAAAUGGAAACCUGAUUUCCAUCCUGUGUGGGAAAAGAGAAUUUGAGGAGCUUCAGACCACAGUAAAUCCUGUGCUCCAGUCCUCCCCGGGCGGCUGCCUCAUUCUCUCCUUUCACUCUGACUUCUCUAACACCAAGAGGCACACCGGCUUCAGAGGCUUUUAUACUGUGCAAGACUUUGACGAAUGUGAGGACGACCCAGACAACGGAUGCACCCAAUUCUGUCACAACUUCAUCGGAGGGUACCGCUGCUCCUGUCGCCAUAGUUACCACCUGGGCGCAGACAAGCACACUUGCACGGUGAGCUGUAAUCAGGAUCUGUCAGGGCUGACCAGAGGUGAAAUCUCCAGUCCUUCCUGGCCUGGUUCAUAUGCAGAGAAUGCAAACUGCAAGUACACCCUGUCUGUGGACGACCACCUUCAGCUGGAGCUACACUUUUCUGACCUUUUCGACGUGGAGGAAAGCCCAGAUGGCCAGUGCAUAGAUGGACUGAGGAUUCACACUUCCUCUGGAACUCUGGGGCCAUACUGUGGCAACACUCCUCCCCGGUCUCCCCUCCUCACUCACUCAAAUCAAGUCCAAAUUACUUUCACCUCUGAUAGCUUCGGCACCAACAAAGGCUUCAACCUCCACUUCAAGACCACAGACAAGGUCUGUCCAUCUGUGGUAACUCCACACUCCACGGUGACCCCUGAGGAACCAGAAUAUCAUCAGGGUCAAACAGUAACAGUAACUUGUGAUGAUGGCCAUGAAUUGAACAUAAAAUCAAAGUCAUCACAGUAUCUGACAACAUGCCAGAGUACAGGCGUAUGGGCUCCCAGUUACAUCUGUGAACGUGUGGAUUGUGGUUUUCCUGAUAUCCCAGAAGAUGGCAUCCUUAAGGUGAUGGGCUCAGAUAACCAGCACACUCAGUAUACUGACCAAAUCCAGUUUCACUGCAGCUCAAACUACUACAAACUGGAGGGAGAUGAUACAUACAUUUGCAAUGCCAGUGGUCAAUGGCAAUCAAGCAGUGGCAAGACAGAGAUGCCAAAAUGCACUGAAGUGUGUGGGAUGCCUGAAAAUGAACCUCAAAGUACAGCUAGAAUUUUGGGGGGUAAGAUUGCAAAACUGGGAGAAAUACCUUGGCAUCUUCUCAUAAAAGAACCCAGCAGAGGAGGAGCAACACUGAUCAAUGACCGCUGGGCGGUGACAGCAGCUCAUGUAGUUGAACAUGUAGAGCAAACCUCUUUGCGCCUGUAUGGUGGACUGAUAGAUGGAAGAACAUCGUCAACUGACCCAAAUGUAGUUGUCAUUACCAGUGAGAAGAUCAUAAUUCAUCCCGGCUACGCAAGAAAUGUUAAUGACCGUACUAAUUUUGACAAUGAUAUUGCUCUCAUCAGAUUUGAUGCCAGGGUGAAUCUUGGCCCAAACCUCCUUACCAUUUGUCUGCCAGAGGGCACCAUUGACUUGGUGGAGGGUGAGCAAAGCACAGUGUCAGGCUGGGGAGUGACAGAUCGUGGUCGGUCAUCUGCCGUGUUAAGAUACACAACUAUUGGGGUCUACUCCCUUGAAGAUUGUCAGAAAACACCUGAGCUGUCACCUAACAACCCCAUGGUUUUCACUGACAACAUGUUCUGUGCUGGAGCAGAUGGGAAGGACAGCUGCGAGAAAGACAGUGGAGGUCCGUUUGUUGUGCCCAUGUUAACUGGAGGCAAUGGGCCUUACCGUCUAGCUGGCAUUGUGUCUUGGGGACCCCCAUGUCGGGAGAGGAAGUACAAAGGUUAUUAUACCAAAGUGAAGAAUUAUGUACCCUGGAUUAGAGACACAAUAGAUGCAACAGAAAAAUCACUGAAAGGCACUGUGGAAACAACAGACUUUGUAACAUUAAUGUUCCACUUGAAUGUGAGACGAUUGCUGCUACAGCAGCGGAAGAAUUCAAUCAUGAACAUGUUUAAUCCCAAGAUGGGGUGGACCUCCUGUCUCAUCUGUUUUCUGUAUGUGUCAGUGUGUGAAUGCUGGCCGCUGCCCGACUCUGAGCCUGUAAUGUAUGGGGAGGUCCAGUCUCCCCAGUAUCCCCAGCCUUACCCUUCCAACCUCCUGAAGCAGUGGGACCUCAGUGUACCUGAGGGCUACCAGAUCCGACUCACCUUCACACACCUGGACAUCGAAGCUUCUGCUGGCUGCUAUUACGAUGCCCUUACAGUUCUGUACGAUGAAAAGGUCCUGGGGAAGUUUUGUGGCCAAGAGAAUUCUGCAGAUGGGCGUCACCCAGGCAACCAGCCCAUCUUCUCUCUAAGCAACAGACUCACUCUCAUAUUACAAACAGAUGACAACAACCCAGAACGUCACCAGAAUGUUGGUUUCUCUGCACAUUAUCAAGCAAAAGACAUAGAUGAGUGUUCUAGGCCAGAACCAGGAGAUGGCCCACUCUGCUCUCAGAUCUGCCUCAACACCCUUGGCUCAUACCUCUGCUCCUGUCACCAUGGCUACGAACUUCGCUCAGAUCAGCGCACUUGUGUGUUGUCCUGCCAUGGUGGUAUAUUUGAUGAGCCAGAGGGACAUCUGUCCAGUCCAGGAUACCCACAUGCCCCACCUCAUGCUGUGUCCUGUCAGUAUAUUAUCUCUGUUGAACCAGGCUUCACUGUCUCUCUCAACUUCUCUGACAAAUUCCAGAUUGAGAGCGUGGACACUCAUCAAGGCCAAACCUGUCUCCAUCACUGGUUGGAGGUGACCAUCCCAGAAAAUGAGCCUGUGAAGCUGUGUGGUGGACAAAGCCCAGGUCUGAUAACCACAAACUCCAACACUGUCAGACUGGAGUACCACACUGAUGAUGAUGGCCAGAGCAACGGCUGGAACCUGGACUACAGCACACACAGAGUAAAAUGUCCAUUUCCUGGCAAUUUACCUAAAGGCAGGGUCACUCCUGUCUUAACUGAGUAUUUCUACAGAGACUACAUUUAUGUACGCUGUGACCAAGGAUACAAGCUGAUGAUGGAUGAUCAGGAGAUUGACAGUUUCUCUGCCAUGUGCCAAAACAACGGACAGUGGCACCUCCCUCUGCCAGAAUGCCGCAUAAUUGACUGUGGAGAACCUGAAGCAUUGCUGAAUGGAGGGUUGACCUUCCUGUCUGGCUUUCAGAAUCAGUAUCGCUCUGUUGUUCAGUACCACUGCAAUGAGCCAUUUUACUCUCUCCUUGGAGAUGUAAAUGUUAGCUUCACCUGUGAAGCAGAUAGAAGGUGGAGAUCCAACCAUGAUGUUAUUGUCACUCCAACAUGCAUACCAGUUUGUGGCAAGCCAACAACACUUAUCUCUGCCUAUCAGAGGAUCAUUGGAGGCAAAGAAGCUCCAGAUAAUACCAUUCCAUGGCAAGUACUACUGAAUAUAGAUGGAGGAAGAGGAGGAGGCAUGAUAAUUGCAGACCGCUGGGUUAUGACUGCAGCUCAUAACCUUAUACAUAAUGGACAGAAAGUACCAAUACAAACUGUGCGGAUUUUCAUGGGAGGUACUGAUGUGGAAGACAUCAGGGACUCUCGUGUUAAUGCUGACUCAAUCCAUGUUCACCCUGGUUACAACAACCCCAACAAUGUAGACUACAACAAUGAUGUUGCCUUGAUCAAAAUGGAACAACAGAUCACAUUCAACUCAUCUGUAAUGCCAGUAUGUUUGCCAGCAGAGGGGGCCACAUAUGUCACUGGCUUGAUGGGACUUGUCUCAGGCUUUGGCGUCACAGACAGAAAUGGCACACGGAUUUUAACAAAUAAGCUGAAGUACGUGCAACUUCCAGUGGUCAGCCAGGAGACAUGCAGAGAUUCAAUCAAUCUUCUGAAGAGGACAAAGAAAACCCCUCUGCCAACUCUGUCAGAUAACAUGUUUUGUGCUGGAGUCCCAGAAGGUGGAAAAGACUCCUGCCAAGGUGACAGUGGAGGACCGUAUGCUCUGGAUGAAAAUGGACAAUUCUGGGCUGCAGGUAUUGUCAGUUGGGGGAUCGACUGUGGAAAGCCAGGCAUAUAUGGAGUCUAUACCAGAGUCAUGAACUACGUAGACUGGAUCAAAAAGACCAUGGAAGAGAACUGAAUUUACUAUAAUUGAUAACAUGAUGUUAAAAUGCUGAUGAUCAAAACUAAAGUAAAAAUGAAAGCAAUAAAAAAGUAAUGUUGUUCUAAAUGUACUCUUGUGUACAGUUAAUGCAUACAUGUAUGUCAAGGAAAACUAUGAAUUAAGAUCUUCCUUUGACAAUAAAAUACAACAACAAUU